AUGGCUGAUAAAGAAAUCAAUUACGAUGAUGCCAUCAAGUACUGGACUGAUACACCAGCAACAGUCGAUGGUGUUCUAGGAGGUUACGGUGAAGAGACCAUUGUACCAACCAUGGAUGUGCUAGGAUCCAACCAUUUCUUGCGCAAACUCAAGAGCCGUAUGGUUGUGAGCCCUGGUCAUUCUAGAGUUGCCAUUGACGUUGGAGCUGGUAUCGGUAGAAUCACGAAGACUCUUUUACACAAACAUUGUGAUGAAAUUGAUUUACUUGAACCUGUCAAGCCGUUUGUUGCACAAAUGAGAGUGGAGCUGGACGAAGAGAUUGCUAGUGGGAAAGUCAAGAACAUAUUUGACAUUGGUAUGCAAGAUUUUACACCAGAAACUGGCAGAUAUUGGUUAAUCUGGUGUCAAUGGUGUGUGGGCCAUCUACCCGACGCUGAAUUAGUUCAAUUUUUUAAAAGAUGCAAAGAAGGUCUCCAACCUAACGGUACAAUUAUUGUCAAAGAGAACAAUACCAAUAACAUCGAGUAUACCGAUGAAUUUGAUUCAACUGACAGUUCCGUGACUAGAAGUGAUAAGAAAUUCAAGGAGAUCUUUGAACAAAGCGGACUGAAGUUAAUAGCAUCUGACUUGCAAAGAGGAUUACCAAAAGAGUUGUACCCAGUCAGAAUGUAUGCAUUGAAGCCAAUGGAAGAGUAG